AUGUAUACGUUAGAACAACACGACCCUGCCAUCAAAAACUACACGGGAAUAGAACGGAGCGUCCAAACUUCUCCAAGCGCCACCUCCUGGGGAGAGGCGCAAUCCUUGGUCCAGAAUUCGUCUCUAGAACAUGCAGGGUUCGAGACGGCUUUCAAUAUUAUAUACAACUCUCUCAUUGAAAACAUGGAAGCUACAUUUGAGCCAAAUAGCGACGAUGACAACAAGGACGAGACGAGCAUACGGGGACCGAGAACCGAAAUAAGUGCGUGUAUGACGGUUGAAGAUGGAGGUCGCAUCUAUUGGCAGGGAGAGACAGAGGGUAUUCGGAUUAAUGAGAGUGGUCCUCCCUGGAUGCGCGGAAACAUAGCUAGUCGCCCCAACUUGCACCGCCGGAAUGGAAUUACUUUUGUCGAGUGUCGGCCGUACGAUAAUGUACAUGGAGUCGUAGGGGGCAUGCCCGCCGUGGUCAAGGAUCGACCCUGCAAGUGCGGAAUUGAAGGUCGUGCGAGCAGUGGCGAUGAGGCUGGUUGCGGGGCUAUCGUUGGUUGUUGGAACUUGGUGAGGCGGCGAAAGUGGGAGGGAGGAAGGUCAGUAUCGGAUGAGAAAGCUGGGAAAAAAGGAGAGAAAAAGAAUGAAGAAUAUACUAGUAAAGCAAGUAAUGUGAGAAAUAAGGUACUGGAACACGGCAACAGAAACAAUAAAGAGAGAUUCAUGCGUUGA